AUGGUUUUAGUUAGCUUGUGACUGUAAUGGCGAUGAAACUAAAGGGGGCGGUAAUGCACCAAAAUCAGGGAUGCCAACCGCCACAAAACCGAAAAAGAAGUAACCCGCCAUUACUCGGGCUAGCUUAGCUCGCUAGCUGCUAACAAAGAAACCCGGACGCGAUCAACGCAUCGCUAAGCGUAGAUCGAGUGCGAGUGUAAAGUGUCGCGAUCGUGUGAAAAUGUGUCCAAAUGUCCAAAUGCUGAGAGCGUUGGUGAACCAGCGACUAGCUUUGGCUGUGGAAGAAAUAUUUGUAGUGUUGGAAAGAACCAUAGCAGAGUACGAGGAGGAACUUUGUCGAACAAAAGAGGAGAACGAGCGACAACGUCAACUACUGGACGCUGUUUCCAAGAGGUAUCAAGUUGGGUUGCACGGAACAGACAUCACUGAAGGUCUCCCCCCUGAGCAGCAGGAGUGGAGCUCCAGGAUGGAAGAGGAGGAGCCCCGGCCCCCCCACAUUAAAGAGGAAGAGGAGGACCACAGCAUCAGCCAGGAGGAAGAGCAUCUUGAAGGACCGGAGGAGUUCCCAGUGAUUGGCGUCCCUGUGAAGAGCGAAGAUGAUGAAGACGAUGAAGGUGAGGAGAAGAUAGAGGCGGAGCCUCCGAGCAGCAGCUCAACUCAACACAUGACAACAGAAGCUGAUGGAGACCACUGUGAAGGAUCACCAGCAGACAAGCUCUUAGCUCCACUAUCAGAUAGCGAGCACACGACGUCACACUCUCCUCACACUGAUGAUGAUGAUGAUGAUGAUGAUGAAGACUCUACAGCUGAUAUGACAUGUCACCCUGACAACACGCGCUUUAAAUGCGCCCACUGCGACAAGACCUUCGCUCACAAGAAGAGUAUGAACAGACACCUGAGAACCAGCAUGGGUGAGAAAGCGUUCCCGUGCUCCGUUUGCGGUAAAAGAUUCACUCAGCGGUCCCAUUUGAAAAGACACGCCAUGUUGCACCUUGAAGAGAAACCUUUUGCCAUGUCCGUGUGUGGCGAAGGUUUCGUGCCAGAUGGUAGUCUGACCAACGUGUAUUCUUGUUUCGUGUGCGGUUUAGGUUUCAAACAAAUAGAUCAUCUUCAUGUACACAUGAGGACACACACGGUAGAAAAACCAUUCUCUUGCUCAGUGUGCGGCGCCGGUGUCGCAACAAAAUAUGAUUUGAAAAUACACAUGACAAAACACACUGGAGUGAAACCAUAUUCCUGCUCGGUGUGUAGCAUGAGUUUUGCACUUAAACGCACCUUGACCAGACACAUGAAAAAACACACUGGAGAGAAACCACACUCCUGUUCAGUGUGCGGCAUGUGUUUUACACAAAGGAGUAAUUUGAAAAGACACGUGGAGAGACACACGGGAGAGAAAGUUGCCGCGUGCGUGCUGAAAGAUUCUCCUCUCGGUACCACCUUAGCAACCACGCAUGUGCUGGGGAGAACAGCAGCAGGAAGUGACGCUGCACCGCUUCCUGCUGGGGAGAACAGCAGCAGGAAGUGAUGAGCUUGUGUUGUGUUGACUAUUUAAGUCGUACGGGAUUGUGUAACAGAACACAAGGGAAGGUGUGCGUCGGGUUGCGAAUCAAAGUGUGACCCCGGGUGCCAUCUUGCUUUUUAUGAGCCUGUCUGAUAUUCUAUUUAUUCUAUCUAUAUUCUAUUUUUUCAGUUUAUUGCUUAUGUCUGUUAUGAGAACCUGUGUAACAUUGCCUACUCUUAUGAAUGUAAAUAUCAUUUCAUUGGGAUUGCGUGUGAUUUCCAAGUGUCCGUGAACACAGCAGCACUUGUGCCUGAGGAGGUAAGUGAUGCACCUGAAUGCACCAUUUCUAGAAGAGCUGGCAGUGUUUUUUUCUGGUUUGAUUCCGUUCCCACGUGGAGCAGGAAGUGGGCGUGUGUGUGCUGUUCACGAGGAAGCGGUGUUGGGGGGGGGGCUAAAUGGAAGCGACUUUGUCGGAUGUGCACUUCUACGCCACGUGUAAGCGUCACUUACAUGAUGUGUACAAUAUGUGUAAUGUGCAUGCAUUUACUUUGUCACAUGUUUCCUAUUGGACUGCUCUCAUUUGUAUUGUUUGUGAUUGCAUGUGUUCCUAUUGUUUAGACCACACACACACGUGACCCCUCUGGACUCGUACCACUCUUUGGACAGACCCCCCCCCCUUCUCCGGACAAACAUUUACUGUAAAUUAGCCCCCCCAGUACAAUAAAGAUCAUUAAAUGGUCCAACUCUAAAGGAACCCCCCCUUUUCUUAACACCCACAGCAUUGUAUAAAUGGAAUUAAAACAACACGCCCCCCCCACACACACACUAACUGAAACAAGUGUGAUCUAGUGAGGAAAACUUGUACAUGAAUCCUACAUUUCCUGCAAAUUUCAAAGAUAUACUGCAAGUCUCCACGCUAGUGUAAUGACACCUCCUCACCUGAGGGGGCAGUAAUGCUAGAAUGUACAAGCCGUGUCUUGCCUGCCGGAAGUAAAUAAGGACAGUGGAAGCGUUAGCAAGACGGUAUUUAUUAUCCCGUGUGAUUGCAGCCAUCACGUUUUUGUUUGUUUUAAUCUGUACGGAUUUAUAUGACGUAAAAGAAUAAUACUCCACCAAUACGACGAUACUUUUAAAGGAUCAUUCACAGUUUGGCGGCGCGAAGGCUGCGUUGCUAACAAAGAGACGCGGAAGUGAUCAACACGGAGAUCGUGUGAAAAUGUGUCCAAAUGUCCAAAUGCUGAGAGCGUUGGUGAACCAGCGACUAGCUUUGGCUGUGGAAGAAAUAUUUGUAGUGUUGGAAAGAACCAUAGCAGAGUACGAGGAGGAACUUUGUCGAACAAAAGAGGAGAACGAGCGACAACGUCAACUACUGGACGCUGUUUCCAAGAGGUAUCAAGUUGGGUUGCACGGAACAGAUAUCAACGAAGAACAUCUUCAGGAAGAGUGGAGCUUCAUGGUGCAGCAAGAGAAACCCCACAUUAAAGAGGAAGAGGAGGAGCCCCAGCCCCCCCACAUUAAAGAGGAAGAGGAGCAUCUUGAAGCACCGGAGGAGUUCCCAGUGAUUGGCGUCCCUGUGAAGAGCGAAGAUGAUGAAGACGAUGAAGGUGAAAGCGAGGAGAAGAGAGAGGCGGAGCCUCCGAGCAGCAGCUCCACUCAACACAUGACAACAGAAGCCGAUGGAGACCACUGUGGAGGAUCACCAGCAGACAAGCUCUUAGCUCCACUAUCAGAUAGCGAGCACACGACGUCACACUCUCCUGACACUGAUGACGAUGAUGAUAAUGAUGAAGACUCUACAGCUGAUAUGACAUGUCACCCCGACAACACGCACCUGAAAUGCCAACACUGCGACAAGACCUUCAAACACCGCAGUAGUUUAUGUCGACACAAGAGAAACCACACGGACAACACAGCCUUUAAAUGCUCUCACUGUGACAAAACUUUAAGUCAUUAUCGUUAUCUGAAAAGCCACAUGAAAUUGCACACAGAAGAGAAACCAUUCAAGUGCUCAGUUUGCGGGAAAGGCUUCUUCAAAAAGUCAAAUAUGAACAUCCACACAAGAAUACACACCGGAGAGAAACCAUUCAUCUGUUCAGUGUGUGGUCGAACCUUUGCACAGAAACGAGAUUUGACAGUCCACGCCACGAUACACACUGGAGAGAGACCGUUUCCCUGUUCUGUUUGUGGGAAAAGAUUUUCUCUAAAUUCCAGUUUGAAAUUACACAUGAAAACCCACACUGGAGAGAAACCAUUCAUGUGCUCAGUUUGCGGUAAAAGAUUCUCCCAAAAGGCAAAUUUGACGGUGCACACGAGAACGCACACCGGAGAGAAACCUUUCUCCUGCCCGAGCUGUGGUGUGGGGCUGGUCAACAAGCAAUGUUUGGAAAACCACAUGAGGAGACACACGGGCGAGAAGGCGUUAACUUGCAGCGUGUGUUCUCAAAACUUCUCUUACAAGUACCAGCUGAACAAUCACACGUGUGCGGGGGGGAACAGCAGCAGGAAUACGUUGUAAAAUACGCUUGAAAUAUUUGGAUGCCUUUUUGUGUGUACAUGACGUCAACAGAGUGCAGUCGGCUAAUUUCAUAGUAGGACAUUUAAAAAAAGGAUGAAUGAAGAAUUGAAUAUAGGAAUAGAUAAAGGGCACCCGACAUUUUAGCCACAAUGUUUGGUUGUCACGUUUGUGACGUUUAAAAAAAAAAUCCAAAGCAGCAGAACAAAGUAUAUUUGUUGUGUUUGUUGUUGUUUUUUGUCUCCCACAACCUAACCCUCUUUUCUGCCGUGUCCAAAUGUGUCAACGCUAGUUAGUGUGUCACCCCGAGUUACGCCCCAAAACUCCCCGUGGGACGAACUAAAAAGGAGCGCAGCAGCAGUUUUGACGUUUUGGACUAUUUGCCAUCUUUUCCCACUCAAUCACAGACCAGGUUUGAACGCUGAGAUAGGCUGCAAGAACAAUGUUGUGGUUUCUUCACCUAACUUCUGAAGCACAUCUCAAGCCAACGAACCGUUGCGUACCAAAACCAGACAACGCCGUGAUGACAUCACCACCCCGUAACAUCGAUGACCUGGACCUGGAGGCUGAUUGACAGGUGGAGGAGCAGGAACACUGGAAGGAACGGAAAUGAUCUGAGAUGGGAGUCUCAAAAAUGUCCACCAUUGAAACAGGAAGCCCGUGGAGAUGAUCACAGUCAAGUCAAGUCAAAUGAUGACAGAAGACGUUUAAAGUCGUUUGCCAUCUUUUAUUAUUAGCAUUAGCACAUUAGCAUUAGCAAACACGCUAACACAAGGUCAAUGCAACGCCGCCAUGGUCUUUAUUACGUUUCAGGACGGUGUUACACACGUAACAAUCAUGUCAAGGUUCUGUCCGCCUCGGUUUGGUAGCCUACAUCCUUCACUGGUGCCGCCAAGCCUUACAUCCCGCCCCUUUCCUGCUCGGCCACAGGGAGCCACGCCCCACCCCGGAAGUCUCUUCACCGUUGAGUUGCUUCCUGGCCUCCGUUCUACCCGGCGCACUCGUGCUUCUUCAGCUGGUACUUGUAAAAGAAUCGUUCACCGCACCCCCUGCACCGAAACACUUUCUCUCCAGUGUGUCUCCGGAUGUGCCUCACCAGCUGUGUCUGGUCACAGAAGCUUUUGUUGCAGGUCGAGCAUGGAUGUCGAUCUGUCAAAAACGUUCCUCCAAAAUCCGUAUCGCGCCGUGGACGGGCAGGUGUGGCCUUUUCCUUGGUGUGGGUGCCGGCGUGCGUUACCAAAUGUGGCUUCUGGGUGAAUCUGCGACCGCAAACGAUGCAUGCAAACGGUUUCUCUCCCGUGUGGACCCUCAUGUGUCUCGUCAGAUCCCAAAUGCAUUUAAAGCUUUUGUGGCAAUGAGAGCAUUUCAGUUGUUUGUUGUCAGCGUCAUUGCUCGGGUCUGCUGGUGAUCCUCCACGGUGGUCUCCAUCGGCUUCUGUCAUGUGUUGAGUUGAGCUGCUGCUCGGAGGCUCUUCGCUCGUCACAAGGACU